UUUGUGGGACAGGCUGCCGCUGAAGGGCAGGGAUUCACUUGGAAUUUUUUUAAAUGUUGUAUAUGAGUUGAAGAAAUGGCCCAGCGGGUAAACAAACGUUCCUGCAGGGAAGCCCGACAACCUCAGUGCAUUCACCGGGACUCUGCACCCCAGAGUUGUCCAGUGACCUCUGCACUCAAGCUCACUCAUGGGCGCGAGUGGGGGCGCACACCUUCAAUCCCAGCACUUGGGAGGCAGAGGAAGAGGGAAGAGGAGCUCAGUGAGUUCUAGGACAGCCACAGCUACACAGAGAAGCCAACAACAACAGCAACAAAGAAUGAACGCCACCAACUCACUUUAAUCGAGUGUCUGCAGUGUCCCAGACCUGUGCACCCCAGUUAGUCCACACGAUGGCCUGGGUUCUCUGUCCCUGUCACAGGUGAGGGGACCGAGGCAAGCAGCAUGUAACCCAAGGUCACAGAGCUUCCAGCAGUGAGACUGCAGUUCACUUAGAAGACAGUGGUCCCCAGAGCCGGAGCUCCUAACCAUGUGCUUUGCUAGAAUAUCCAGGGCAAAGCUAGGGCUGGAAAAAUCCAGGCCUCCUGACACCUCCAGGGGCUGUCCUGUUUCUCUCUUUUCUUCAUUUCUUUUUUUUUUUUCCUCCUAGGCUGAGGCUGUAGCUCAGUUGGUACAGUGCUUGCCUAGAAUGUACAAGGAUCUGUGUUCCAAACCUAGCACUAUCUACACCCAGCAUGGUGACUCGUACUUGUAAUCCAAGAACUCAGGAGGUGGAAACAGGGGGGUCAGGAGUUCAAGAUCAUCCUCUGACACAUUUGAGAGCAGUCUGGGCUACAUAAGAUCCUGUCUAAAACAACACAAGGAAAGUCUGGUAUAGUGAAAUAAUACUUACUGUCAAUCUUUCUUUCUUUGUGUCUCUGGGUAAUAUAUGUGUGUGAAGGACUUACGUGGGGGGUUUACAUCAGGUAUCUUCCUCUGUCAUUCUCUACCUUUAUUUUUUUAUUUAUUUAUUUUUUUUAGAGGAACUAGCUGUGUAGACCAGGCUGCUCUCAAACUAAUGAAGAUUUCCCCUGACUGUAGCUCUUGAGCACUGAGAUUAAAAACAUGUGCCACCAUGCCUGGCUUCACCUUUUUAGAUUUUCAAAUUACAUUUAUUCAUUCAUUCGUUUGUUUGUUUGUUUGUCUCUUUGUUGUAUAUUCUUGAGAGCCGGAGUGUGAGCGCCACAGCGCAUGUGUAGCAGAGAGAGGACAACCUGUGGGAGUCCGUUCUCCCCUUCCACCAUAUGAGUCCCAAGGAUCAAACUCAGGUUGUCAGGCUUGGCAAACGCCAUUACCCACACAGCCAUUUUGACAGCCUUCACCUUACUGAGACAGGGCCUCUCACUGACCAGGAGCUCACCAGUGCAGCUCAAGUCGGAGGCCAGAAGGGCCCCAGGGAGGCUCCUGUCUCCCUGGUGUUGGGAUUUCAGCGUGUGCUGCACAUCCACCUCCCGACAUGGGCCUCAGGGAGCCAAACCCAGAUCCUGUUCAGCAAGCACCUUAUGAAUGAGCUGUCUCCCCAGCCCCUAUGGGUCGUGGUUUUUAUGUGUCACCUUGUAAAGUGCCCAGAGCUCUUGUCACCUUGUAAACCUGAAAGUCUGAAGCCAUUAAACAAGCUGUCCGCUGUUCCGCCCGCUGCCUUACCCAACUUCACUCUGGUAUUUACGAUCUGGCAGUCCCAGGCGGAAGGUGUUCUAUGCUCUCUGCUGUGGAAGCACCUUUACUUAAUGUCAACGCGUUGAGUGGUCCAGAUGGCCAAGGCCAAGUUCAGAGGAGGCCAAGGUCCCCAAGGGUAGGCUGCCUGCAGAGUGAGGAGGAAAGACAGUAGGAGCUAGUCCAGCACUCAGGAGGAUUAUGAGUUUGAGGCCAGCCUGGGCUAUCUAGUCCCACAGGAUGAAGAGACAACGGGGAAAUGACUCAGAGAUGUUUGGCCUUUGUGGCCUGCCCUUUGGUUUAUGACAGCCACCUCAGCAGCGCUGACCUUUGCCUCCAUCUUAAGUGUGGAGGCCCUGGACCAUCUCACAAAGUUAGUGGCUUACGGAGCAGUUACAGCCUCCAGAACCAUGGCCACCAGCCUGCGCAGUCGGUCCUUUCGAGAACCCCGGCCCUGCUACGGGAAGCUCCAUGAGUCCCAGGGGAGGCCCCUGGAGGGCCGACUCCACCGGGCACUGAGCCUCAGACAGGGCCGUGAGAAGUCCAGGUCGCAGGGCCUUGCCGGCACAGAAGGGCUGGAGGUCCCUGUUCAGGAGCGGCUGCCAGGGACCCUGGGAGACACCGAGCAGCUGAUCCAAACCCAGAGAGAAGGCAGCCAGCGGUGGCUGAGGCAAUACCAACAGGUGAGGAGAAGGUGGAAGAGCUUUGUCGCCAGCUUCCCUGGUGUGACCCUGAAUCGACCAGCCUCCCCAGAGACCCUGUUGGACACCAACAGCUAGAGCUGCUGUGAUCGCCCCUCACUCCCCCGGCUGGACCCCCGUGUCUCCUCAUCUGCUUCUUCACGGCUUUUCUGUACUCUGAACUGCUCUGGCCUUUGGCAUGUGACCCACGGAGGUCUCUGUCACGAGAUCCUUCAAGGCCUUGUGUGGCUGCCCUUUUUGGUUCUGGCAGCUAGCUCUUAACAAAGACCUCCACAGAGCUGAGGAGAGGGCACUCAGCUCUCUGCCUCCUGGGCUGACAAGUAUGAAGGUCUUAGGGACCCACAGAGAAACGGGAGUAUCAACAACACUCUUGACCCUACACAGACCAGCCACCCACCUCUAGGACAGAGUUCAGUGAAGCCAAACGCGGCUGAGAAUUUCUUGAAUAUCGCCUGCUCACAGGACCCAGUUCCACCUUGGCCCGCUAGUGACAAGCCAAGACUCGGAUCUCCCUCACAGUGAGCCUGCAAAGGCUAGGACCGGAUCUGGACUGUCCUCACUAUGGCUGCUGUAUGCCUGAGAAGCCCACACAUGCAUAUUACUGCCUUGGGCCUCAUUGUAUCCUGAUGAAGGAAGCAGGGAAGUCUCCCUCCCUGUGUGACAGAGGGUAACAGAGGCCCAGAGAAGGAAAGAGACCUUCUGCCUACACACACACACACACCCAGUACCUGACACUGGGGUUGAACACAUUAAUAAAGCCACUGA